AUGAUGAUGGUGAUAGCUCUCAUCGGAGGGCUCCAGUACGGGCUGUGGCUAAUGAUGGACUCGUCUGGCUGGACGGAAAACAUGGAACCAGUGACGUCACUGGUCAUUACAGCCGUGGUCAUUAUAUGUCCGGUCAUAUUCAAUCUGGUGGUCAAGUUGGAGCAUUAUUCAUCUCGCACGUCACUAUACGUAUGUCUGGUCCGUACGUGUGUGUUGCACGUGUCUACUACACUGAUGCUGAUGCUGUACUGGACCAGAGGUGACCGAGAGUGUUGGGAGACCCGCGUCGGUCAGGAGAGUUAUCGUCUCAUCAUACUCGAUGCGUUCGUCUCCUUAAUAUUACUGCCCUUGGUGGAAGUCGCUAGAGGCCUUAUGUACAAAUGUAAGCUGACCGCGGCCCCUCAGUUUGACAUUUCGUCUAACUCAGUGUCGUUGAUGUAUAACCAAUGUGUGUUAUGGUUCGGGCUGGUGUUCAGUCCGCUGCUAGUAGUAUCGGUGACUAUCAAGUAUCUCCUGCUGUUCUACAUCAAGAAGGAAACAGCGCUAAGAACGUGUUAUACGGGACGGAAGAUGUUCCGCGCGGCUCAAACCCAGACGGUGCUAGUAUCCCUGGUGUCCGUGUCUCUGUUCGGCUCAUUAUUCUCUCUGGGCUCACUAUUCCUGACCCGCGGCUCACACUGCGGUCCACUCGUGAGCUAUGAGCCGGUGUCCUCUCUCCUCGGAAUAGUACUAGGAUUGGAUCGAUAUAGAGUACUUAGAAACAUAUUGAACUUCGUAACCAGACCUGGAUGCAUCGCUUUUGUAUUGCUGGCGCUGUGCGCCUGUGUGUAUAUAAUGCGAGCCAAGUCGUUAGCUCGUGCGUCGAGCGCGGAGGUGUUGAGACGACUAAGACGCUUACACGCCAAAGAUAAAGAGUUCCUGCUUAAAGCGAUACAGAAGGUAGCCGAUGGAGAGUGGUUAUACAGUCCUAAGUCCGAGUGUGUUGAAGACAGUCACACGUGGAGAUAUCUACACGAAGUAAGGAAACCUUCCAACGCUGGCUACCACUUCGACGCUUCACGACUAAGUCACUCAUUCGCUGAGCGACCAAGAUCUUUACACGACAACCGACCCAAUUCAUAUCACACUGAAAGACGAAAUUCCAAUGACGGAGACACUGAUAGGUCAUUUAGCUGGCAAGGAUCUAGUACCUAUCUGAAUAAGGAAAAGAAUAAUUUAUAA